GCAGCAGGUUCCAGAUGAACAGGGUGAGUCAGCAGCAAACAGAAUAAGCUGAAGAAGCAUGUUCAUAACGUAUCUGUUGAUAAGCAGGUUAGCUGUGCCCUCCACUGGCCAACAUGUCACACAGUUGAUCUGUUUACCAGUGCUGACCUUGGUGGUCCCUAGUUGUAAAAUGAAUCCAGACUUGGUGGGAAGCACAUUGUAAAUUUUUGUUUUGUCGUUGUUGUUGGAUAAUGCAUAAAGCAUAAUCUUUGAUUCAUGUGUGAAAAGUGAACCUUUCCCAGAUUUAAUAAAUGUGUUACAGUACAUUAGCUUGUCCAUAUUAGCUCAUACUGAAAAUCCCUGAAAGCUAAAGCAGGAUGUUUAUUAUUAUAACUCUUGUUAAUACAAGAUACAGAUGAUGCUUGUUUCCCACAUGUAAGGUUAUUCUCAUCCAUGCUUCCUGAUUGGCUGGGCAUUAACGAGUUGUAUGAUGUCACCUGUCCAUUAGACAGUGUAUGUGAUCCCUGUAUGUGGCGAGUACAUGACAGGAAGUGAAUUGUCCUAGACCUAAUGGAUGAAGUCACCUGGGAUCACCUGUGCAGGUGACCCAGUCAUAAUGCUGCUGACAAUGAAAAUCAGUCAGAACGUGUAUAGUUAUCAGUGUUUCUUCAGUUGAGGGUGUCCGUCUAAAGUACGCAGUAGAUUAGGUCCAUAACUGACUGUACUAUCAGAAGUAGUAGUCAGAGUAGUAGUAGUAGUGUGGCCCCUCCCUCCCAGUGUGUAUAAAUAUGUGGGUUUGAAGGAGGAGCUGCAGCUUUUCAGCUGUGUCUCUUUUACUCUACAGAAAAACUCUGAGACAGCAUCAUGCUGCCACAGAACCUGCUUGUUCUGUCAGUUGUUGUCCUUCUGGCAACAACAAUUUCUACGGCGCCUCUAGAGGAGAAGGAGCAAGAGGAAGUGGAGGUGGAGGCCACUGAGGAGGGAGAGCUUUCUGAGGAGGAGGAUGAUGAUGACUCCCAGAGUCAGGAUAAGAUUGAGGGAGGCCUCAGCGGGCGACAGACCACCACAGUGGCAGCUGCUGAAGGUUCAGUUCCCAGCAGUCAGUCAGCAGGAGGAGCAGCACACGAUGGAACAGCAGGAGGUUCUGCAGUUCCCAGCAGUCAGUCAGCAGGAGGAGCAGCACAUGACGGAACAACAGGAAGCUCUGCAGUUCCCAGCAGUCAGUCAGCAGGAGGAGCAGCACAUGACGGAACAGCAGGAAGCUCUGCAGUUCUUGCAGAAGCAGAACCUUCUGGUGUUUCAACUGGUCUGUCCCCACCUACAGGAACCAACCAUCCAGUUGCUUCUUCUGUGACAGAAGCUAACGGUUCUGAGUCAGUCGACUCUGAGUCCAAUGGUAAUGGACAAAAGCUGCUGAAUGGAGGGGGAGGUGGGGGCCGAGCUGAGAGUCAGACAGGUGUGCUGGAUUCAUUUGGAGGAGUUACUCACCUGGAUUACAUAGGAACAGUCGACCCAUCCAGUCAUGACUUCCUGCUUGGCCUCAUGGGAGGAGGUGAUCCAUUCAGUCCAGAUGUUCACAUUAAUAUCCCAGUUGUAAGUUCAGGUGUGACAGCAGCUCCUUAUCCAGAUCAGAGUAGCAGUUCCAGCCUGGACGUACCUGCAGGUCCUGCUCAGCACAUCAGUCAAUUGGGACCUGACCAAUCACAGCACAGCUCUGCUUCAGGUUUCUCUCACUCUGCAGACCAGGGAGGUGUUUCCUCAUCAUCAUCACACAGUGAAGCUCAAAAACAGCAGACAGAUGGGGCUGAUUCACCUGAUGCUCACGGAAAUGGUCGACAAACUCAUCUGGUUAACACAAAUGCAGUCACUGAUCAGCCCAUUUCCCACACCGAUCCUCACACUGACCUCACAGGUGGUGCAGUGACCAGUCUUCAAGUCGACCUUACAGCUUCAAUUGUCGAACUUAGUCAUGAUAUCACAGAUUCAUCCCCUGCCGUCCUUCAUGCAGACUCUGUGGACACCUUCACAGGAGUUUAUGGCCACGCAGACCUGGUUACCGUGGCAACAGAUUUGACAGGCAGAGAUAGAGUUUCAGAUCCCACAGGAAGGCCAAUGGACUACAGUCAUCCAGCUGUGACAGAGCACACGCAGACAGCUGGUCCGGUUACUGAACAGUUCAACACAUCUGGUCAGGGUCCUGAAGGUGCAGAAAAUGUGGAAUUGGAGGAUACCUGCUGAUUUCCACAUCAAACCACGAGUUCGGUUUCUACGCUACCGAUUUCAGUGCACCGACCAAUCAGAAUGGCCCAGGUCACCUGACCCCUCCCAUUAGCUCUAGGACCUACACGUGGACACUCCCAGCGCUGUGCACAGUCUAGCAUGUCCUAUGCCUCCUACCGGCCUUAGGCCUUCACACAUUUUUUUAAUAAAAAUAUUUAAAACUUUUGUUUAUAUACAAUUAUUUUGUUCUAGGUUGACGGCAUCAAACAUGUGACAUCACUGGAUUAUAAAAAUGUGGUUUUAAACUUUACAAUAAAUGCUUUCCAACCCAAGAA